AUUUACUAUCCCCUGAAAAGUUAAAAUUUAUGAAACAUAUAAUAUUUGACAUAACAAAGGAAGAGAGCAAAGGUCCAAAAGAAGAGACUAAAAUAAAUCCUAGAGGAGAUGUAAAGUUGCUUACUCCUAACGAUAAUCCAACUGUUAGACUGACUCCUUUAGAUUUUGACUCUAAAUUCCCAGAUCCGAACUCACAUAGUCAGUUUGAGAGAAGCAUAGCUCCUAGACAUGAUGAGAAAUCAGUUAAAUUGUUUGAGAAAGUAAAGGAAUCUUAAAGAACCAAGUUUUUAAAGAGCCAGUAGGGAAUAGAAAAGCAAAG